AUGGCGCAAACAGCAGUCGCCCGCCUGGCCGGCUUGAAUGUCGGCGCUCCGGCGCGGUUCGUUCCCAGUGGUGAUUUUGGUCUUAUCGGUCUGGCCGUCAUGGGCCAGAACCUGAUUCUGAACGCUGCCGACCACGGCUUCACGGUUGUUGCGUACAACCGUACUGUCGCCAAGGUCGACCGCUUCCUCGAAAACGAGGCUAAAGGCAAAUCCGUCGUUGGUGCUCACUCCAUCGAGGAAUUCGUCUCCAAGCUCAAGACGCCCCGCCGCAUGAUGCUCUUGGUCAUGGCUGGCAAGCCCGUUGACGACUUCAUUGAGUCCCUUCUUCCCUUCGUCGAGAAGGGUGACAUCAUUAUCGACGGUGGAAACUCUCACUUCCCCGACUCCAACCGCCGUGCCCAAUACCUCGCCGCCAAGGGCAUUCGCUUCGUCGGCACUGGUGUCUCCGGUGGUGAAGAGGGUGCCCGCUACGGUCCUUCUCUCAUGCCCGGUGGUAACGAGGAGGCUUGGCCAUACAUCAAGGAUGUCUUCCAGAGCAUCGCUGCCAAGAGCGAUGGCGAGGCCUGCUGUGACUGGGUCGGUGACGAGGGUGCUGGUCACUACGUGAAGAUGGUCCACAACGGUAUCGAGUACGGUGACAUGCAAUUGAUUACUGAGGCCUACGAUAUCCUCAAGCGCGGUCUCGGCCUCACUCCCUACGAGAUCGGCGAGGUCUUUGACAAGUGGAACACUGGUGUCUUGGACUCCUUCCUGAUUGAAAUCACCCGCGACAUUCUCAAGUUCAAGGAUGAGGAUGGAACCGCCCUCGUCGAGAAGAUUCUUGACAAGGCCGGCCAGAAGGGUACUGGCAAGUGGACUGCCAUCAACGCCCUCGAUCUCGGCAUGCCCGUUACUCUUAUCGGCGAGGCUGUCUUCUCUCGCUGCCUCAGUGCUAUCAAGGACGAGCGUGUCCGCGCCAGCAAGAUCCUUGGAGGUCCUACCCCCAAGUUUGAGGGUGACAAGCAGACCUUCAUCGACAACCUCGAACAGGCCUUGUACGCCUCGAAGAUUAUCUCGUACGCUCAGGGUUUCAUGCUGAUCCAGAACGCCGCCAAGGAGUAUGGCUGGAAAUUGAACAAGCCCUCGAUUGCUCUCAUGUGGCGCGGUGGAUGCAUUAUCCGCUCCGUUUUCUUGAAGGACAUCACCAACGCCUACCGCAACAACCCCGACCUCGAGAACUUGCUCUUCGACGACUUCUUCAACAAGGCCAUCCACAAGGCCCAGGACGGCUGGCGCGAUGUUGUCAGCAAGGGUGCUCUGUGGGGUAUUCCUACUCCUGCUUUCAGCACCGCCCUCAGCUUCUACGACGGCUACCGCACCAAGGAGCUCCCUGCCAACCUCUUGCAGGCCCAGCGUGACUACUUUGGUGCCCACACUUUCCGCAUCAAGCCCGAGCACGCCAGCGACAACUUCCCCGAGGGCAAGGAUAUCCACGUUAACUGGACCGGCCGCGGCGGUAACAUUCAAGAACAACGGUCGUUAAUGGCGGAUAACAAGCGUCAGAGUGUCAGCGCCAAGGCACAGGGCCAGCAAGCAGCAACCUCUUCAGCAGCUAUGGUCCCCUCCGAUGAGGCAUUAAACAAGGCAAUCGGCGGACGUAUCCGGAUCACAACGAUAGCUCCGAAUGCGUCGACCAUUGAAGGUACUCUGUUUACCGCCUGCUCCAUCACCAGCCUCGUUGCGAUCAACAUAUCAGCCCAGAGCUCCAACCCAUCAAGCGCACAGCAGUCCGGCGACUACCAUAUCAUACCAAUCUCCCGCAUCCAGUCCUUCCAACUUCUUUCUCUUGCGUCGUCUGAAACUGAUGGCGCUUCCGGUGCUCCUCCGCUCCAUGCGCUAGACACGCGUGCCCUCAAGACUCGCGAGGCCAACGCAGUCGCCAAACUCCAGGAAUCAGAGGCUCGACGGGGUAAAGGCGUAACCCGAGAGGCACAGGAUAUUUUCGAUGCCUUUAGCCGCACCAUGCCCGCCAGAUGGGAUGGCGCGAACAUCGUUAUCGCGGAUGCGGUUGUGAUUUCGAAACCGUACCGAGUAGACGACUGCAAGGCCUUGGUUGCAGGCGACUCUGCAGCUCUGACACGGGUCCGCAAAGUGCUGGAAAUGGAGCGCAAGAAGAUCGAGCUCCGCAACGCCAGCACGACAAUCGGCAACACAAAUCAUUUUGCGCGGAAUUCCACACAAAACAAAGAGCGUGUAGCCGUGCCCACUCGCCUGGAUUCGCCAGCCCCAAGAAAGGGUGGUUAA